AUGAAUUCAUAUCCUGGCCAAGAUACUCUCAUCUCUUAUUUAAAAAAGCAAAGCAAUAAAUCAUAUCGUGGGUUCUUAAUUCUACACAAGAAUGUUGUUGUUGCUUCAGUAACUUCGGAUCUCAAGUGGUAUGAUCUUGAAAAUACCUGGGCUAGUAAUUACAUAAGAGAAGUAGAAAAAAUUUUUACAGAUCAACAAGAAGUUAUUGAAACAUUAAAACAAAAGUCUGUUAAUUUUGGAGGAGAAAUUGACUAUGUACCUUCUUUUACUACUAAAUAA